AUCUCUAUGAUGUCUCCCUCUCUCCCAAACAAAAUUUCAUUCACAAGCAAAACUUGUAUUUUUUUAUAUAUAAAAAAAUAAAACCCUUUUUUAUUUUUAUUCAUUCAAUAAACUGAUUUUUCAUUUUCAUAUAUUUAAUCAACGCAUCUAAUUAAUAAUCAUCCUUCUUCGAUCUACUUAUUUCUCAGUUUCAGAGCUCUUCUCAUUACCCCAAGCUAAGUUUACCUUUAUUAUUUUUUUCUUCUUCUCCUUUUUAAGAACCCUAAGUUAUUCACCUCGUUCAAUUUUCAAUGCACCUAUGGUUCCAAUGAAGAAAAACUAGUAACAAUCUCAACAACAAAAAACAGAAGAGUGAAAAAAAAUGCGAGUGAAGGAAAUGCACCCGUUGUGCUGCAUCUCUCUGGAGAGUCCUGGGAUCGGAAGUCAAUCGCCGGAGCCAGACGCGGCGGCGCUUUCGAGGACGAGGAGUCUACCGGCGAGUGGAUCUGGCCGCAUUGGACGCCGUGGAUCAGAGGCUACGGUUGCCGGAGUUCUUUACAAAUGGACUAAUUACGGCAAGGGAUGGAGAUCCCGGUGGUUUCUCCUCCGCAAUGGCGUACUCUCUUACGCCAAGAUCCGGUCGCCGGAGAAUCUAAAUCUGUUCUCUCCAAUCGAUGACGUUUGCCUCAUCGGAGAUGUAACCGCUAACCGUCUCGCUAGAAUGGAUAGGGACGCCGGAAACGCCAUGCGCCGGAAAAGUCACAAACCUUCUUCCUCUUCCUCUUCUCCUCCUACAGUUGUUCAUCUAAAGAUCUCGUCUUUUAGAGAGAGCAAAUCAGACGACAGAAAGUUCUAUAUAUUUACAGCAACGAAGACACUCCAUCUGAGAACCGAUUCAAGGAAAGAUCGUGUGGCGUGGAUUCAAGCUUUGGUGACAACUCGUAGUUUGUAUCCACUAAGCGGUCAUCUAUCACUUGCACCUUAUCAUAUAUCUGUGUCUACUGAGAGGCUUAAACGACGUUUGCUUGAAGAAGGUAGCAGUGAGAAUCUUGUAAAGGAGUGUGAGCAAAUCAUGCUCGCAGAGUUUUCUGAAUUACAAGAGCAGCUUAAAAUUCUUUGUCAAGAACGAUCCAAUUUGUUUGAUACGAUUAGGCAGUUGGAGGCAGCUAACAUUGAACCUGAAGCCUCUGCCUUGCAUGACAGUGAAUACCAAUUAACAAAGAAUGGAUUUUCAAGUCUAGGGCGUGGAAAAUAUAGUGAAUGCAGUACAACGGAAUCAUCUGAUGAUAUCGAGAAACAAGAGGUAGAGGAAGUGUCAGAAGAAGAUGAAAUCUCAUAUUAUGAUACUAGAGACUAUUUUACAGAACCUGGUUUUAGGUGUGGGUCAAAAGGAACUCUGGAUCAAGUGAACAUGUCUGGGGAAGCUACUAGACAGUGCAUUGAUAUGGAAAACAGUCGUGAUCAGACAAUGGUAUAUGAUUAUGGUUAUCCUCAGAUAGCAAGGCGAAAAAAACUUCCAGAUCCUGUUGAGAAGGAGAAGGGCGUUAGUCUUUGGUCCAUGAUCAAAGACAAUGUAGGCAAAGAUCUCACACGUGUUUGCCUUCCUGUAUACUUUAAUGAGCCGAUAUCAUCCCUUCAAAAAUGUUUUGAGGAUUUGGAGUACUCUUAUCUUCUGGAUAGAGCUUAUGAGUAUGGAAAAUCGGGAAACAGUCUCCUUCGGGCACUAAACGUUGCUGCCUUUGCUGUUUCUGGAUAUGCAUCAUCCGAAGGUCGUCAUUGUAAGCCAUUUAAUCCCUUGUUAGGAGAAACUUACGAGGCGGAUUUUCCUGACAAAGGAGUCCGAUUCUUUUCUGAGAAGGUUAGUCACCAUCCAACCGUGGUUGCCUGCCAUUGUGAAGGUCGAGGAUGGAGGUUUUGGGCAGACAGUAACAUUCGUUCAAAGUUUUGGGGAAGGUCAAUUCAGCUGGACCCAGUUGGAGUUCUGACUCUGGAAUUUGAUGAUGGUGAAAUAUUCCAGUGGAGCAAGGUUACGACUACAAUUUAUAAUCUUAUCCUUGGAAAAAUAUAUUGUGAUCAUCAUGGGAGUAUGGAAAUCCGUGGUAAUCGUCAAUAUUCAUGCAGGCUCAAGUUCAAAGAGCAGACAAUUCUUGACCGAAAUCCUCGCCAGGUGCAUGGAUUUGUUGAAGAUACAAUGGGUAAAAAAGCUGCUACAUUAUUUGGCAAGUGGGAUGAUAGUAUUAAUUAUUUUGGUGGUGAUGUGAAUGUGAAGCCUAAAGAUUUCACUAAUUCGUCAAGUGGAACCUUGUUGUGGAAAAGGACUAAGCCACCACCGAAUCUCACUCGGUACAAUUUGACAUCAUUUGCCAUCACACUGAAUGAGCUUACCCCAGGACUAAAGGAGAAGCUUCCGCCCACGGAUUCCAGGCUGAGACCUGAUCAGCGGCACUUAGAGAAUGGGGAAUACGAGAAGGCUAAUAUGGAGAAACAAAGGUUGGAAAAGAGGCAAAGAAUGUCUAGGAAAAUGCAAGAAAAUGGUUGGGAGCCCAAAUGGUUUCGCAAAGAAGAUGAAAAUGGAACAUUUCGAUAUACUGGCGGGUAUUGGGAAGCAAGAGCUCUAGGAACAUGGGAUGGAUGCCCAAAUAUAUUUGGCGAAUUUCAUGAAGGCAUUGUUGAUCCUUUUGAUGCAUCUUGAUAUUUGUUCAGAUGGAGGAUGGUGAAUGCAAAUUAAUUAGCCUGUGGAUGGUUUUUCUUGAACCUUCUUGCAUGGCAACAACUUUUGGUACAUUUGAAAAUGAGGCUUUUUGCAGCAUUGGUUGGAAAGGAAUUGUGGAUUGCCUUGUAUUGUAACAAAAAACAAUAAGGGAGAGAGGGAGUAGCAAAAAUAACUUGAAGCAAUUGUAUCCAAAGUUGCUAUUUUCUUAACCUAAUGGACCAAGCUUUGCACGUAAACAGGUUUUUGCUGUGGUCCACUCCACUGAGAAUCCCAAUCCGAGGCUGUUAUAUAUUACUUCACUACUAGAUGAGGCAUAUAUUUGAGCAAAACAUUCAGCUUAGCAAAAACAUGAGUUUGUUAGAUUAGGAUGUCCUGUGUUCAAUUGUCAUAAUCUUAUUCUUUCUUGUUUUUAAAUUUUGUUAGUAUGUAAUUAUUUUAUGUAAGAAUAAGUUUCUCUACCCUUUAAUCAUGAUAUAACUACUGACAUGGCCGAAAGGCUUACAUAUCGAUUUAUUUCACAUAUUUUGCAUUUUCUAAUCAAUAAAUGACGAGAUUUUUAAUCUCA